AUGUCAAUCUCCGGUGAUAACGAUGAUAUCGAAAUGGCAGUGAUGGACUCUGAAGAUCAACCACUCCUUCAACCUCAAUUGCGAACAGCGAAAAAUCGGGUCCCAAUACUCAAAAGGCUGAACGAUGAACAACAAUUGAAUCUUCUCAUGGUGACGUUGAUUGCCGUCCUUUUGCUCGGCGCCUCGAUCGGAUAUCUCUGGGUAUUUCUGGCAGGGGGAUUUUCGGGAACUGGCGAAGUUCUCAUCGAUGAGAAAGAACAUCGUUUGGUGAUGGAGCUGCGCCGUAACCUCACUCGGAGUGAGGGAAAGAUGCUCAUGUGA